CAUCUUCAACCUCCCAGAUCCCCCAGAUUUUCCCCCCGUUUUUUUCAGACCCCAGACUCCCAGGCUUUGGGACUCUGCAAUGCCGCUUGCAGGACUGUAGCAUGGCCGCCGGUCCUUCGUAAUAUACGCAUCCAUCUGAACUUGUGCUUUAGCGAUCUGAUCUGUAUAAUACCUAAUCCUCUCUUGUUUCUAUGUCUGUUGCAAUGCCCUCCGAGACAGCUUCAUGGCAUCCGGCCUUCAUGCCCAACUCUGCGGCCGAUCUAGCCUCCAAGGAAUUGACCCGGCCAUCGAGUCCAACGCCUGCGCCCGACCAUCACCUCGAAUCUGCAGAGCCACCACACACCCAUCCAGCAACUGUAGACAGCAAUGAUGCAGAGGAAGUAAUGAUACCCGAGCACGAAGAUACCCCCCAGCAUCCGGAGCCAACGAAUCUCGAGAAUGCGCCCACCACGGCAUUAGCCAGUCCAGGCGCGGUGGAAUUGGAUGAGACUCAACCGCCCAAUGGGAUCCCAGAACAAGAUGCCAUUAGUGAGGAUGGAAGGGAUAAUACACCGGAAGGCUCAACUGCCAACAAGCACAUGAGCACAAUGUCUUUUGCUCGAACCGUGUCGGAGGAGGUUAGUUUGGGGGAAGACGACGACAUUGACCCGGAGUGGAAUUUACACCGAACAGAUACCGACCCCUUCAAGCUAAUGCCUAAAUCUGACCGUACGAAUUCGUUCCCUCAAGUUCCACCCACCCAUCCGUCAGGAGUCGGUUUCGAGCCACUGCCGAGCCAAGCGGAGGAGAUAAUAAAUGAGGUUGAGCAGGAGCCCAGAGACCUAUUUUCAGAUGAUGAGCAUAGCGGAGAUGCGGAUUUCUUCGCACAAACUGCUGCCCAGGAGGCUUCACACGAUUUUCCACGAGAAACGAAUAACGAGCAUGAGUCUACCGACUAUGGGCAGACAUAUGGUGGUAAUGUUCUACAGGAAAAAGACCAGGAAAUGCAAGCUCGAUAUGAGGAGGGAGUGCCCCUUGUGGAGUCCCCGCCAAACCAUGAACAAGCUCCCGCUACGAAUAGCCCGGCUUUUAUGGAUGAUGCUGGGGACGAGGAUGACUUUUUUGCUCAGGUCAGCAAGACGCACCAAGCCACUGAAGAACCUCAGGAACCACGCCCCCUUGGAAGGAAGUCAACGGAGCAAGUCAUGGAUUCCUUGUCUUUUGAACCCCACGAGAAGACGCAUGAUGGUGCACCCGAGAACUCGCAAAGUUCGCUGGAACGAGCUACAGGCGGUGGAAUUGCAGUAUCAGCAAGCACUGUCCUGUCAGAAGUUCUUGGGGACCCAGAAGCACCUAUACAUGAACAACCUGAAAAUCUGGCCAAUCUAGAAAUGGCUUCCGGAGAAGGCGAUCUUGCCGAGAAAUGGAAAGCUGCCUUGGCUGGUGACGAAUUCCUCGACGAUGAGGAAUUGUUGCCAGACGAUGAACCAGCCGAGAGAAAAGCGCUAGAUCCGGCCGAUCUAUUUGGAAGUGAUGACGAGGGCUUUUUGGAGGAUACCGAGGAGCAGGAUGCGGCCGUCGAGACUCCGUCCCAGCCAGGGAAUUCCCCUAUUCCAGGUCCUGUUACUACCCCUAAUGGUCACGUGGUGGGAUUUGACAGCCUGACGGGCGCCGUUCAGUCCCCAAGUCGACCUGGUAGUAGCAGAUACAUUCCUGCUGGCGCAGCCGCGACGGUCCCUCAAUCCAGCAACCCUUAUGCCCCUCCUGCUCCUCAAUUCACUGAUCUUUCCAGACCAAGAACUGCGUCUGCUGUUCCCGCCGCCUAUGCGCCUCCUAUUUCAAACUUUCCUGCUUCGCAACCACAACAACAAAGGCCGGAAUUACCAAAGGCUCAAAGUUUUGCAGACAAAUCAAAAGGGGGAUAUUCAUCACCUUAUGAUUUGCCGAUGGAAGUUGUCAAACCUCGAAAGCGGAGCAGUAUGCAACACUUGAAUCGUGGGUUCAAUCAAUCCGCUCCACCGCCAACUGCGCCUCCAAUUGCCCCUCCACCCCGGAGCGCAAGUAUGUAUACACAACCACCUCCUCCAUCGCGAGGAUCCACAUCAAGCUUGUCUCCUCCACCCACCAGUCAUUCGUUUCAGCAAAGCCCGCAGGAAUCAGCUGCUGUCCCCGCCACCCAGGGUCCGCCGCCGCCGUCCUUGAAAUCGAAAGCCAGCUCAAGUAACUUCUUCGAAGAUCUGCCUGUGUCUUCCAGGCCAAAGCCUGCAGCAAGACACUCUGCCAGCUCUCAAACUCAAGGCCCUUUUGCUUCAUCCGGGGCACCUCCACAACCAUCCUCUGGGCAAGGCUAUACACCCCCUCCACCACCACCCACCCAUCCUGCCCAGGGGCUGGUCGCCCCCGAACGUGUUAGCCCGUACGCGUCUCUCCCAUCGAAUACCGCGACGGUACCACCUGUAGCAUCACGCUACUCGCCUGCGCCACCGCAGCCGCAUGCUCAAGCAGCCCCUCCACCUGUCGCUCAGUCUCGAUAUUCUCCCGCGCCUCCUGUUUCGCGACAAGCAGCACAAGCCUAUGGCGUGCCCCUGGCCAAUGGGCCGCCACCCCCUAUUCUGCCUCAUCUACCCCGGACGUCAAGUCCUCUCGCUCACUUUGAGAGAACCCAAGAUUCAGGAACGCAUAGCUCUCAGGCGCAGGUACCCAGUUUCGGCCGCCGUAGCAGCUCUUCGUAUGAGUCGAGUCUCAAACCCCAUCACCUUCCCCCAACCCGUGAAGUGGACGAAGAUGAGCAAACUUCCUCAGAUGAAAGGAAUCACUCGGACCUCCCAAAUCAAUAUGGCCAACGACCAGGGUCGCAUCCUCCACCUGUACCGCGGCCAGUGUCUCAAACACCGCCCCCAUCUCAAGGUCCCGCAUCGAGAAUUCCCUAUUCACCACCAAAACAUGCCAUGUCGAAUUAUCAACCCUCUGGUAACACUACCCCACCGCAAGCGUUUGUGCCCCCCAAGCGAUCACAAACUCAAUCUCCAGGCACAGCCUACACUGGACCCAGGCUUGGAAUCAAUACUUCAACUCCCAUUCCACGUCCUGCUUCUGCAGAGGUACCAUUGUCACCUAGAUCAAAUGCCGGUCUGCCCCCAAUGCCAAACUUAUCUCCAGGACGGGCCAGAACGUUCUCCACCGGGUUGAAUUACAUUGCUCCAACUGAUGGUCGAGAACAUGAUCCAUUACAGAGAUGGAAAGGAGCUCCAGUAUUUGCCUGGGGUGUCGGUGGCGCGCUCGUUACAUCUUUCCCGAAGGAUGUGCCUCGAUAUGUGAAUCAGGCGCCGAUGGUCAUACGGACUCCAGGCGAAGUGAAGAUCCGUAACAUCAAAGACGUCGACCCUCUCCAGGAGAGACUUUCGACCUUUCCUGGACCACUGAAAGGGAAGUCUAAAAAGAAAGAUGUUAUUUCAUGGCUCAGUUCUGGCAUUGAAAUUCUGGAGCAAAAUGCGUCGUAUCUACAGUCCAUCCCGACUCUGACACAUGAAGACAAGCGCACGGAGGAACGGAUACUUCUUUGGAAGAUUUUACGUAUUUUUAUCGAGAAUGAUGGUAUCCUGGAGGGCAACGCGGUGGUAGACAAAGCUGUUCGAUCAGUUCUGUCACCUGGCGUUGAUAUGAAGGUUUCUGGCAACGAACCCCUAUAUGCGACGGGAGCCGACCUCUCUAGCAUCUCUCACUCUGCGACGACCGAUGCAAGGGCUGAUCCGGUGGACCCGGCAGCAAUCGAUGAGUUGAAGAAACACCUGCUCGGAGGUGACCGCGAGAAGGCUGUGUGGGAAGCUGUUGACAAGCGACUAUGGGGCCAUGCGAUGCUCAUUUCAAACACCGUUUCUAAGGCACUUUACAAACAGGUAGCCCAAGAAUUUGUUCAGAAGGAGGUGCAAAAUAUCUACGAGAACACCGAGUCAUUAGCAGCACUCUAUGAAAUAUUUGCAGGCAACUUCGAGGAAAGUAUCGAUGAGCUCGUACCGCCCUCUGCCCGCGCAGGCUUCAAGAUGGUCAGUACCUCGAAUGCAACCGGGCCUUCGAAGGGUGCCCUAGAUGGCCUGGACAAGUGGCGAGAGACGCUUGGGCUUGUCUUGAGUAACCGAAGCGUCGAUGACAGCCAGGCUCUUAACGCAUUGGGGAAACUCCUGUCGGGAUAUGGGAGAGCUGAAGCGGCACAUAUCUGCUUUCUGUUUGCAAGGUCUCACUCGGUAUUUGGUGGCAUUGAUGAUCCCUUGUCAAGUAUUGUGCUCGUUGGUUCUGACCACUUGCGACAACCAUAUGAGUUCGACAAAGAGUUGGAGCCUAUUCUCUUGAGUGAAGUUUUCGAUUAUGGGAUAUCGCUCUCGAAUGUUUCCGUAGCGGUAUCGAGUCCACAUCUCUCGAUAUACAAGCUACAACACGCGAAGAUCUUGGCUGAAUACGGAUACCGGGAAAAGGCACUGCAGUACUGUGAAGCUAUUGCCUCUUCUAUGACUGCUCAAACUAGGAGGUCACCAUACCACCACGCGUUGCUCGUAGCAGAGCUUGAUGACUUCAGCCAACGAUUAAAGCAAUCUCCCAAAGACGAGAAAUCUUCUUGGGUUUCCAAACCCAGUAUCGACAAGGUCUCUAGUUCAGUCUGGUCGACGUUCAACAAGUUUGUUGCUGGUGAUGAUGCUGAUACUGGCACCCCUGGAUCGACAGCUGGAGGUGCUGCCGAAGUGGGCCCCUUUGCUAGAAUUGCAGGAGGUACCCCAACCAUAAGCCGUUCCCCGUCAGUCGCGGACAUGUAUGGCUCUUUCAAUGGUGGUAUGGGACCCAAUGGCAGCCCCGCUACGAAAGCGGGAUCACGAUAUGCUCCAGGAAAUGCAUACUCCCCACCAACUUAUGAACCCCAGAGUGCUGCGUCGUAUCAGUCGGCGCCUCUCUACGGCUUGCAAUCCAGAGGCUCAUUCGAUGAGCGAUCAUCAGAAAGAUCCUCCGACGAGCAUCGACGUGGACCCUACGAACCUGUGCGACGAGAUACCGAUUACCGUCCAAGUUCGCAGCCUACCCUGUCUGCGCCUCAAAAUGGCUCGAUCUACACGCCGCACUCAUCGUAUGCCCCUCAUGGCAAUGGCUCUCUGUAUGAACAGAUGGGUUCCCCGUAUGCAUCUCAUCAACUUGCUUCGGCGCCCGAGCUACCGUCGUCACACUCCGCCGGCAAUAUGUAUGACCAACCCACGGCAUCAUAUACACCUCCGGAACCAUCUUAUGAACCUCCAGUCUCUUCCGGUUACGAACCCCCUUCCAGUGGUUACGAACCCCCUUCCAGUGGUUACGAACCACCAUCUUUCGAGCCUACCACUAUGAACGAUGAACCUGACUCCCCGGUCGAGACCCGUCCGAAGAAGAAAUCCUUCCUGGAUGAUGACGAGGACGACAUCCCAGCUUUGAAAGCUGUACCUGCUGCUCGUGAAAAGACCAAAGCUGAGAAAGAUCGUGAGGCCGAUGAAGCCUUCCGCAAAGCCGCUGAAGCUGAUGCUGCACGCGACAAGCAACCAGCACCGGCAAAGAAAAGUGGAUGGGGCCUAAGUAGCUGGUUUGGAGGAGGCUCCAAAAAGGAUUCCACAGACACAGCACAAUCUAACAAGCCCAUCCGUGCCAAGCUUGGCGAAGCAUCAUCCUUUGUCUACGAUCCCGAGUUGAAACGCUGGGUCAACAAGAAAGCGGGCGCGGAUAACACCCCAACUCCAUCCGCGACACCUCCGCCCCCGAAAGCCACAGGUCCGCGGAGAACAGCGUCUGGAGCUCCUGGUCCGACUUCUACCCCACAGCCUGGAUCAGCUGUUGGUCCUCCAUCGAGAGGUUCCGAUUCUCCCAUUCUCCAAGGGAACGGGGAGGCUAUCGGAGGAAAUGGAAACCCGCCUCCAGGUAGUGGGGCGCCACCGCCUAUGAGCAAGAGCUUGUCAAACGGUGGCGCAGGUACUCCAUCAGGACCUCCUAGUAGACCAGGCACAAGCAUGAGUAAUGCCAGUAGUAUUGAUGAUUUGUUGGGGCCGCCGGGUGCGGGAGGUCGGAAAGGCACCGCAAGGACGAAGAAGAAGGGACGUGGGUAUGUUGAUGUUAUGGGCGACAAAGCUGCAGGCUCAUAGCGAUUACAUGAUCUCGAGUUUUGGAAUUGAAUAGCAAGCGCGCAUGAACGGGAAAUAUACCAGGGAUGGUUGUAUUAUGGAGCAAGGGCUGCAAUUGUAUUAUACUUUUGCUUUAAGAACAUUCCUGAUAUGAAUUCAGUUGAUAGGAAAUGGAAAGACAAGAAAGGAGUUCAAUGGUACUAUGCGCUUCUAUCUUCAC